ACACCCGCAUAAGCCACCGUACAACCGUACGAGGGGAACAGUGUCACCGUUCUUGCUAUCAGUCAAACUGUCCACCCGUUCGUGUUUGCUGCUGUGUUUCGCGCAAAACAAGUGCCAACAGGGGAGAGGCCGUGGGGUGAAAAGCCCAGCGUACAACCAAUUUCGGUGGACCGCGAGCCACACACGGGAGUCAGACAUCAAGCGUGUCUCGAGCGAACCAGUCGUCGUCGUCGUCGUCGUCGUCGGGUCGCCUGGGUCGUCUGGGUCGGUCGCAGGCAGGCAGGACACGGUGCGCGUUAGUGUGCCAAAGGGAUCACAGCGGGAAAGGAAGGAAGUGAUUGCGCCAACAAACGCCGUCUCCAGUGCCACCAACAGUGGUGUGUUUGGGGGGGGAGGGAGGGUGUUGGAAGGUAACAGUGUACUGGUGAUGAAGCACACCAACAUGGAGCAACCAUGUGUGGUGCCGGAAAUGGACUGAUUUCGCUGUGAUUUCGGUCCGUUCCGUCCAUUUCCGUUUUUUUGGCUGGAUCGAUUGCGGUCUAAGGCAAUCGCAUCGUUCAAGCGCACGCCGUCGUCACCGUUCGUUCCGCACCGAUCGCCAUCAUCAUCAUCAUCAUUCUACGCGGCGUAAGUCGUCCGCCGUUCAUCAGCAGGAUGGCAACAGCAGCAACGACCGGACAGCGCCGAACGGCCACAACGAUGGGGAUGAACCAAAUGCUGCUGACGCUGGCGCUGGUCGCCCUGCUGGUGGCUGUGGGUGGUGCCCACUCCUACACGGUACCGCGCGAUACCGACAUCCUGCUAGCGGAUGGGUUCUUCAAGCGUAUGCGGGACCUGUUUGCCGAGCGCGCGUACGAAGAUGCGCUCGGUGGUGGUGCUGCUGCCGGUCCGGCGGAGAUGGCGGACGAACCGCCACCGCAAGCGCCGGUCGACACCUCGCAUCUGGACAGCCCGCCGAAGCCGAAGCUGGUGGAGGACUGGCCCAAGGUGAAGCACACCUUCGGCCAAGUAACAGCGGUCACGAUCGAUCUCCAGGGCAACCCGGUCAUCUUCCACCGUGGCAGUCGCACGUGGACCAUGGAGAGCUUCAACGCCACCAACCACUACCAGCACAUCGCGGAAGGGCCGAUCCCGGAAAACACGAUCGCAACGCUGGCCGCCUCGGACGGGGCCGUGCUGGAGGAGCGUGGUGCCGGCAUUUUCUACAUGCCGCACGGGCUCACGAUCGACCACAAUGGUAACAUGUGGCUAACGGAUGUGGCACUGCACCAGGUGUUCAAGUUUAUGCCCGGUCGGGACUAUCCCGCGAUUACGCUCGGGCAUCGCUUUGAGCCUGGCUCGUCCAAGAGCCAUCUGUGCAAACCAACGGCCGUGGCGAUUGCCAGCACGGGAGAGAUCUUCGUCGCGGACGGGUACUGCAACAGCCGGCUGCUCAAGUACAAUGCGGCGGGCCGUCUGAUCCGCACCAUCCCGCAGCCGCCCGAGUUCCUGUCGCUGCAGACACCGCACGGGCUGGCACUGCUCGAGCAUCUGGACAUGGUGUGUGUGGCGGAUCGGGAAAACAUGCGCGUCGUUUGCCCGCGCGCCGGGCUGCAGACAUCGUACGGCGAAGGUACGCAGGCGGCAACGAUUCAGGAGCCCGAUCUCGGUCGCGUGUUCGACGUGGCCGCCUACGGGGAUCUCGUGUACGCGGUGAACGGUCCGACCUCGCCGAUGAUCCCGGUGCGGGGCUUCACGAUCGAUCCCCGCUCGGAAACGAUCAUCGACCACUGGGGCAAGUUUGAGAAUCCACACUCCAUCACCUUCUGCCCGAACGGGUCGGCCAUGUACGUGACCGAAAUCGGCCCGAACCGGGUGUGGAAGUUCACGCUGACGAUGUAAGGAGCAGCAGACGAGCUUCAUGCGUUCUCGUGCCACACUGCUCGCGGGUUGCGUUCUGUUCUCGUUGUGUUCCCGACCCGCUCCACAUGGUGCAGCAAACAACAGCAACAACAACAGCAAACAACAUCCGUCUGCUCCACGGUGACCACGAUUUAGCCCUCGAACACCAUCCGAAAACAUGAAACCAAAAAAACAACAACCCUCGGAACGGUGCGGUGACGGACGCACAGAGACACGGAACGCACGCGCGCGGCUCGGUACGGGAAGAGCAUGUGGUGGUGGUGCAGCAAUGGAAAGUGCAAGGAAAGGAGUGCUCCCCCAACAAGCUCCAAUGCCGCACCGCAACGCUUGCCUAUUCCAGCCGGGAAGCGUUGUGUUACGGUGGUGGAACGAGCACACACUUUCGCUUCGGGAAGCGAACCCAGCAGCAACACGUUUAUAAAAAAAGUGCAUUCAAGCAGCAGCAGCAGCAGCAGCAGCAUCAGGAAUAUGAAACCGGAAUGAGCCGUAAGGUAAAAACAAAACAUCCAAACCAGACAAACGACAUGGAUGGAGAUGGUGAGGAUACAUUAAACCGUGCAAACACGGGGUCGAGGUCGAGAUUUAUUGCAAGUUGAUCCUUGCUCUUCUGCUACUGCUACUGUAGAGCAAGCGGAACGAUGCAAAUCUCUACACCAUGCAUAUAUACACACAUAACUAUACAUAUAUACAUAUUCAUAUACAUAGAAGCGCACCAGCGCACCAGCCUGUGUCCCUCUGUCUCUCUCGCUGGUGCUCUUAUCCUCGGGGCACACAUCAUUUUGAUCGAAAGGCCAGGAUUGGGUAGCCGCCGCGCAGGCAUUAGAGCAAAAGGUACUUAACCGAGAGUAGUGAUUUAUAUACCAUAGCCUCACAACACUAAAACACACACACACACACACUGCUGCAGGCACAAGUAUAAUGCAAUUAUAUAUACAUAAAUACAUACAUUUAUAUAUAUUUAUAUGGAAAGUAAUUUCAAAACAUGCAGAAUAGCGGGAAUUGCUCAAAGCAUUCCACCAGCCCGUGCGUGAUGAUUUGUAAACAGACAGACGGGGUAAACAUGGUUUAAAAAGAAUUGAAGAACAAUAUUACAAAUUAAACUAAAUUGGUCUCUCGCGCUCUCUCUUAAUAUGCAGGAUGAAACAAACAAACAAACAAAAAUGCAUUUUUAAUUGUGUAGAAAAACAAAUAUACCAAAAAUACAGAUAUAUCCUUUUCUAGGGGAACGAAGCAUCAGCAGCAAAGUAUGCACAACAAAACCCAAAAGCAACACGCUUUAACGUUUGAUGAGUAGACAAAACCCACUUUGGAACCAACAGCAACAAAAAACUACUACAAUUUAAAGUACACCAAUUACACAUUACACAUGUUGAGCUGCAGAAGAUGAGGAAAUGCAAGUAGUAGGGAAUAAUGCAUGUUCUUCUUCCAAACUGGUAGAAAAAAAAGGUGCGCAAUUAAAAAUAGCGAUGCCCUCGCUCGCUAGCAGAGGACGAGCAGUGCUUUGUAGUGAAAAAAUAAUGCAAUCUAGAACAAAAAGAGAAAGAGAGAGAGAGAAACAAGGUUCAUUAAAAGUGCAAACAAACAGCCCCAAUAAUCCCCAGACGCCGUAAAGCACCGUUUUACUAACCCCGCCCGCUAAGCGAAUAAGGCGCAGCAAAAUACACCACUCCACACAAGCAAGCAUAUUUUUAUACGAUGAUAGUAUAUAGUGGAUAAAUAAUGAAUUAUUAACAUGAAUUGAUAAAGUAGUUCAUUAAUUCCAUAAGCAAACAUGCAAUAAGACAAACAGCCGCAAGGAGGCAGGCAGGCAAAAUGUAUCAAAUACACACACACUCAGACACAGACUUGCAGAAGUCCGCCGGCGCGUCCGACCAUCAGCAAGGCGCUCGGGUUGUUGACGAGGAAGAAGAAUAUUAAAAAAAAACAUCAACAAUAUAGCAAAACCAAGCAGCAACAACAAAAAAAGUAUAACAUAAUUACCCACUUUUAUCGCGCGAACGGGAACAGCAGGCGUGGCAGGUCGUCGCGCGUUUGAUUACAAUUGUUCUCAGGAGGAUUGCGCGCGUUACAGCGGCAGCAGAAAGAAGAUCCGUUUUUCACAGUAUGCUUCCUUACGGCGUGGUCGUCGGUUGGUGGAUCACACUUUUCUGUGAGAUUUCCGGCGAGAUUGCUCCAUUUUGCUGAAAGCAACAAAACACACACCGUUAGUUUGUUUCUGUUUCCGUUCACACCACAUAGUAUACAACUUCUAGUUCAAUGCCUGUUAGAAUUGAAGAUUCAAAAAUUCAUUAGAAAUGUAGAGAAAUCAGUUGUGAAAUGUAGUAGCAGAAAUACAGUUACAAAAUCCAUAUAGGAACAAUUACACAAACACACACACACAAAUACAAAAACAGAAGGACAAACGUUAUAUGGUUUCUGUACUUCGGCGGGACCCCCCUCCACGCAGCACGAUGCGUGCGUGUCUAGUGUUUCAAACAGGUUGAAGAUGAUUUGCGAAAGAAUUUACCAACAUUCACACAGACACACAAACAGCAUAUUUAAGCGUAAUUAAAUUUGAAUUUAUACACAUAUAUCUAUCGAGCGGGAAGGAGUGAAGGAAAAUGGAAAUGAAACUGUACGCCACUACCACAAUAAUUGCAUGUUAAGAGACAUUAUAAUAUAAUACCGUAUUAUACAUACGCAAAAACAAAGGAAGAGAUAAACUAUAACUACACAAUACUAUUCGUACAAUAAUGACAUACAAAAUUAUAUUAUAAAAAACCUAUAUAUACAUACACACGGAUACACCAGAUCUAAGUAUAUAUAUAUAUAUAUAUAUAUAAAGCUGAGACACAUCCACACAAACCACAACUAUAAAGCUACUGUUAGGCAAUUUUAUAGCAAAAACUCACUGACUAACAAAGCCCCAAACACACACACACAGCUUAGAGCUGAAGUUACGAGAUAGAGCAAGUGCAACUACUAUUCCUACUAUACACUACACCGCGACGGGUUUGGAGUAACGGUCGGUUUAAGUAUGAAAAAUAUAUACACACACAUACACAUACAUAUAUAUUACUUUCACACUUAUCUACUGGCCACAGAGUUGUGGGGAGGACAUUUGUGUGACAAAACAAACAAACAAGCAAAAGCAAACCAGUAGUGAAAAAUCCCUUGCUCACAGACCCAAACACACUAUUACACACUCCAUUUACAGAGAGGCAGCAACAUACGUUGAAUAAAAAUUUAUCAUUUAUUUUCCAGCCUU